GGCGCCGUCGCGCUGUCUCUAGCGGAGGCUGCAUAGAGGCUGGGUAAGAGGGUGUUGGUGGCCCUCGGUUCCCGGGUUUCAUCGUCGGUGAUAUUGCAGCGCAGCCAUGGCAGAACCGCAGCCCGCGACCGGCCUCACUGACGAGGUCGCCCUCAGUUGCUGUUCCGACCCGGAUCCUAGCACCAAGGAUUUUCUGUUGCAACAGACCAUGCUGCGAAUUAAGGAUCCUAAGAAGUCAUUGGAUUUUUAUACUAGAGUCCUUGGAAUGACGCUAAUUCAAAAAUUAGAUUUUCCUACUAUGAAUUUUUCACUCUAUUUCUUGGCUUAUGAGGAUAAAAAUGACUUCCCUAAAGAUAAAAAUGAAAAAAUGGCAUGGGUAUUCUCCAGAAAAGCUACACUUGAACUGACACACAAUUGGGGUACUGAAAAUGAUGAGACUCAGAGUUACCACAAUGGCAAUUCAGACCCUCGGGGAUUUGGUCACAUUGGAAUUGCUGUUCCUGAUGUAUAUGGAGCUUGUAAAAGAUUUGAAGAACUGGGAGUUAAAUUUGUGAAGAAACCUGAUGAUGGUAAAAUGAAAGGUCUGGCAUUUAUUCAAGAUCCUGAUGGUUACUGGAUUGAAAUUUUGAAUCCAAACAAAAUAGCAGCAUCUAUUAGUUCAUGAGAAUGCUCCUUUUACGAUGUCAGUGAAGAUGGUGAUGAGGAAGGAAACAAUAUGACUCAAGAUAUCAGAUACCAGAAGCAUCUAGAACUGAUGGAUCAUUGUUCCAGUUCAAAUUAUUCUUUAGUCUAUUUCGCUUUCCUUUUUCAGCUGUUUUUUCCACCUAAAUGAUCAUUCUAGUUUUAAAGUAGUGCUUUAUCUUAUGACCUUGAAUGUAGUUCUAUAACUUUACUUUUUAGGCAAUAAUUAUAACAAUUCCCUUUAGAGGCUGCAUUUGCUGCCUUCUGUCUCCUAAAUAUUACUUUUCUUCAGGUCUGCCUUUGAAUCAUCAUCUUUUGAAAAAGAAACAUUUAUCAUUUUUUUGUGGUGGUUAUCUUCUGGGGUUUCAAUUCCUCAGAAAUAACUUUUCACAAUGGAAAGUAAAGAACACUGAACAAAAAUGAA